GUGUUUCUGCAAUAUUUAUUCGUUCGUUUGUGGAAAGAAUAAUUAAAAUUUCGUCAUUUCAUCUUACGUCGAGUUUAUGUUGAGCUAUGAGUAGGUUUACCAUGUAAAGUGGUUCAAAUUAUUAAUAUAAUUUAUAAUACUCUCAUGUAGUAACAAGGUGUUUCUAUUGAAUCACGUACUUGUUCGGUGUUCUUGUGGGAAUCUACAAUCUUUAAACAGGUUAAAAUGAGGUUGUUACCAAGCAUCCUCUGCUUACUGCUGGUACUGCAUUGCUCCUAUGCUCCCCCGGUGACUCAUGAUAAAGAUGAUAAAGAGCAUGACAGUGAAGUCAAAGAUGAAUUGGUAAUGGAGGAUGUCAUGGAGUAUCACAGAUACUUGAAAGAGGUGGUGCAGGCAUUGGAAAGUGAUCCGGACUUUAGGGAACGUCUGGAGAAAGCUAAUGAUGAUGAAGUUCGGUCAGGAAAAAUAGCUGAGCAACUCGGUUUCGUGAAUCACAAUGUCAGAACGAAACUGGAUGAAAUUAAACGACGCGAAAUGGAAAGACUUCGACAUUUGGCCACGAAGCAAUAUGAAUUGACCAACAACAUCGAUACAGACUUGUCGAAAGUGUCAAAUGACCACUUGGACCAUCAAAACCCGCAUACCUUCGAAAUCGAAGAUUUAAGAAAACUCAUUCAAAAAACCACCGCUGACCUCGAAGCCGCCGACAAACAGAGAAAAGAGGAAUUCAAGGAAUAUGAAAUGCAAAAAGAGUUUGAUAAACAUCAAAAGAUGGAAACUAUGGAUGAGGCUCAGAAAAAAGAGUUCCAAAAAAAAAUUGAGUCAGAGGAAGAAAAGAAGAAACACCAUAAGCCGCUACACCAUCCAGUGACGAGGGAACAGUUGCUAGAACUAUGGAAAAAUCGCGAUAACUACGACCCUAAAGAUUUCGACGUAAAGGUGUUUUUCGUAAUGCAUGACGUGGACGGCAAUGGCGUAUGGGACGCGGACGAGGUGAAGGCGCUCUUCAUCAAGGAGUUGGACAAGAUGUACGGGCCCGACGGCCCCAACGAGGACCUACACGAGAGGGCCGAGGAGAUGGAGCGCAUGCGCGAACACGUGUUCAGCGAGGCGGACAAGAACAAGGACGGCCUCAUCGACUUCCACGAGUUCAUACUGUCCACCAAGUCGCAGGAGUUCAAUAAAGACCCAGGCUGGCAACCAAUCGACGAGAAUUCUGUCUACAGUCAAAACGAGUAUCAGGAGUACGAGAGGAGAAGAAUGGAGGAGAUCAAAUAUUUGCAACAACGUGGUUUGGUGGACGCGCACGGGCGGCCCAUCCCCGGCGCCGAGCACCAGAUCUACCAGGCGAUGCAGCAGAAGCACCACCAGGACCAGCUAGCGCACCACGGCCAGCAGUACUACCAGGGCCAGGCCCAGCCGCCGCCGCAGGGCUACCACCAGCCGCCAGCUCCAGGGUACCAACAGGUGCCCCAGCAGGGCUACCAGCAAAUGCCUCAGCAGGGCUACCAACAGGUGCCUCAGCAGGGCUACCAACAAAUGCCUCAGCAGGGCUACCAACAAAUGCCGCCUCAAGGCUAUCCUCCACAAGGACAGCCGGCUCACCCGCAAGUGCCUCAACAGGCUGCUCCGGGGCAGCAGUACCAGCCGCCCCCCGCACCACCCGCGCAACAGAACUUCCAGGCCCCGCCACAGCAAGCCUACCAGCCGGCUCCGGCCCAGGGCCAGGCUCAGGCCCCGCCCCAGGGCCAGCCACAAGCCCCGCCCCCGAGCCCGCCGCAGCCGGCAGCCAACCAAGCCGCCCCGCAGCAGAAUCUGAACCAAGGCCAGGCGCCCCCCGCACAGAACCAAGCUCCAGCGCAGACUCAACCACAAACAGCACCGAAAAUAUAACAGUCUAACUCUUCUUAAAAUUUCGCCAAUUUCAUGACACCUACAACAGUUAUCAUGUAAUGCAAAAAUUUGUAGAUAGUAUGCUAUUUUACUAUUUCGUUCACUGACUAGCUAGGUAUACUUUUAUAGGAAGUCUUAUACACUCAGCUUUUCUAUUUCGCAGUCUCAAAAUAUUUUCAACUUGAAACUUUGAUCUAUGAAUCAAAUGCUCAUUCUUUAAAGUAAUGUUAAAACAGUCAUUGUCAUUAUACUUAUACACUGUGCCAAAUUUAAUAGAUUUCUUAACCACAGUUUUCGAAAAGCGAAUUUAAAUUCAAAUAAUGUUUCCGUACCUUACUUUGCCUUUAAAAGUCUAUGCGAAUGAAAUCAAUUAACAAAUAAUAAAUAAAUAAAACUAAAGGCACAGUAAAACUGCCGUUUUUGUGCCUUAUAAGUCUUAUGAUCUUGGAAUUGCUUUUCGAAAAGUGGCCAAUACUUAAUAUUGAUAACACCAGCAAUAAUCUGUUAAUGUAUGUAUCAGGGCAUUGAGAUUAUUAAAAUAUAUCGUGAUGUGUUUUUAUUAUAAAGAACGGUUUUGUCAGAUUUAUAUCGCAAAUAAUAAACUUUUAUUUCAACCCGC